GUCUCGUUUUUAAAACUUGCCUUCUUUGUUGACCAAGGACGCCCCAAAAUCAGGAACAAGUAUAAAAUCUUGCCCCCACCAAUUCACAUGUGAGCAUUAGCACUUCGAGCCCUUUGGUGGUUUGUGAGGAUUACCCGGAACGAAAAAUUGUUUCUUUUUUAUCAACCUUGUUGAAGGGCUAUUUUCAAUGCUCUUUGGUGCCUCAAACUCACAAAACUAAAAACCAAAGACAAAUCAUAGUUACUUGGGGUUCUAAUGGGUAACGCCUUUGGUUCAAAGAAGACCACAAAGGUCAUGAAAAUCGAUGGUGAAACAUUCAAGCUGAAGACACCAGUGAAAGUUGGCGAUGUGCUUAAGGAUCAUCCAGGUCUUGUUUUGCUAGAAUCUGAGGCAGUAAAGCACUAUGGAACAAGAGCAAAGCCUUUGGAAGCACAUAAACAAUUGCUACCAAAGAGGCUUUAUUUUCUUGUGGAGCUUCCCAAAGAGACAAAACCAAGAAGGGUUCGCUCUGGCAUUAACAUGAGUGCCAAAGAUCGCCUCGAGAACCUAAUGCUUACUAGGAGGUCUGUUUCUGAUCUUUCAAUCAUGAAACAAAGCAACAACAUGGAUGGUUGUGGUGGUGAUGAACAAGAAAAGGAGAAUGGUGGGGUGAGGUUGAAAAUGAGGCUUCCAAAGGCAGAGGUGGAGAAGUUGAUCCAAGACUGCAAAGAUGAGGCUGAGGCUGCAGACAGGAUCAUGCGUUUAUAUAUGGCUAAUGGAAGCAGAGAAAGUGAGAAUAAAACUGAGGAAAAUGGUGAAAAGAAGAUGGUGUUCGACCAACAAAUGCAUUGCAAGGGUGGUAGAGACAGAGUUAAGGAUAGUACAAAGGCACGACGCGAGAAGAGGGUGAGUUUUAUGCCAAUCACCGAAGGAGGGAUUCAAGUAGCUGUGGCUUCGUGACCACUUAUAUGUUAUAUCACAUUAAGCAUGAAGCCAAACAUUGAAUCCACAGGGAUGCUGUUAGCCUGGCGAAUAUAUCACCAAACGAAGGAGCUUUUGUUACGCUUGGUUUAAUAAGAGUUAUAUUAUACUUAGGAUCACAAUGGUUACAGUUGGAUAUUUGUAUCUAUAUUUAAUUUGUUUCAUAGAAUAGAAUCUUUAGUAAAAUUAAUUGCUCUUUGGCGCAGACACCUGUUGCGACUUGUGACUAAUUGUUAUCCUAUGUGUUGUAUAAAUAGCAUAACUCCUAAAAUGAUAUCUGUACCCUUAUAUAG